CCUCCAGUCUCUCUGAACCUCAGUCCGAACCGUCUCCAGUUCUUCAGUGGAGACUCUGUGUCUCUGAGCUGUGUUGAAGGUGGACAGACAGUUGAUGGGACGGUGAGAAGGACCAGAGGAGGAACCACUGACCGCUGUGGACCAGCCGGUUCUGACUUUGGCCUGUUCCAGGACUCCUCCUGUGUUCUGGACCUGUUGUCAUCCUACACUGGACUCUACUGGUGUGAAACCAGUUCUGGACGGAGCGACCGGGUCCAGAUCAGCGUGUUCCACAGAGAAGAGUUUCCUUUUAUUCUGGAGAUCCCUGCACAUCCUGUGACGGCAGGAAGUGAUGUCACUCUGCGCUGCAGAAACAAAGAUGGCUCCUUACGUGCAGCUUAUUUCCUCAAGAACAACGCAGCCACUGGAGACGGGCUCAAAGUCCAGGAGUUGAGCAUCAGAGCGGUCCAGCGGUCUGAUGAAGGCCUCUACUCCUGUUCUACAGACGUCUCUGAGCCGUCUCCUCAGAGCUGGCUGAGGGUCAGAGAACCUACAGGAACCUCUGCUCCACCCAGUACAACAUCUGGAACGUCCCCUCCUCCUGACGUUCCCUCACUUCCUACACAUCCUGCUUCCUCUGUCCUAGCUCCAGCAGCUCUGGGUCUAGUGGUUGUACUGGUUCUGGUUCUGGUUCUGGUUGGACUGCUGCAGCUGUGUAAAAAACCAACAGGUUUGAAAGUUUACAGCUAG